AUGAUUUUAUUGUUUAUAAUAUUUGGAUUGAUCACCAUGUCAGAUGCUUCGGUUCGCAGUGCAAUGUCUAUUGAUUUGGGUGUCGAGUUUAUGAAAAUGGCGCUAGUUAAACCUGGUGUUCCUAUGGAGACAAUUUUAAAUAGAGAAUCCCAAAGGAAAACACCUUUUGCUUUGACUAUUCGAAAUGAUGAACGUUUCUUUGGUGAUGAAGCUUUGAAAAAAGCAAUUUCUGCUCCAAAGCACACAUUCCUCUUCUUUUUGGAUUUAAUUGGAAAGCCAUAUGAAGAUCCCGCGAUUAGUGACUAUCAGAAGAGAUUUCCUCACUUGGUGUUGAAAAAGAAUGAGCAGAGAGGGGGUGUUGAUUUUGUUACUGACGCUGGUCAACUCCCAAUUGAAACUCUACUUGCUAUGGUUCUUACAAAUGCGCGUGCCGAAGUAGAGGCAUAUGCUGGUAAUCCAGUUAAAGAUGCGGUCAUUGCAAUUCCUGGUUUCUUUGGAAUUUCUGAGCGUAAGGCUAUUGAAGCAGCCGCCAAAAUUGCAGGAAUAAAUUUAAUUCGUUUGUUGAGUGCUGGUGCUUCUGCUGCUUUGAAUUAUGGAGUUUUCCAUUUUAAAGAUAUUACUGAACAGCCUAGUACCCAUUUAAUUUACGAUGUUGGCUCGACAAAAGUUCAAUCAACUUUAGUUCGUCUCCAACUCUACAACGAAUCGUUGCAGAUUCCUACCCAGGAAACCAACAGCACUGAAACAUCUAGCGCUGAAACAAACAAAACGGCGCCUGCAACCACGACAAAAACUUCUGGAGAGCCUCAACCUCGUUUGGAAGUUGUUGGUCAUGGUUUUGAUGCUAAUUUGGGAGGACUGCAUUUGACACUUAAAGUUCGGGAUUAUUUAAUAGAACAGUUUCGAAAACAACAUUCAAAUCUUAAAGAUGAUAUAGCUGAAAAUCCUCAAGCUAUGGCUAAGUUGUUGAAAGAGGCUGGAAAAGUUAAACAGGUUUUAUCAGCCAACACGGAAACUUUUGCUCAAAUUGAAAGUGUAUUUCAAGACCUUGAUUUUCGUACAAAAAUUACUCGAGAACAAUUGGAAGAAAUGUUUGCUGAAUUCGAAGAACGUUAUAUGUUACCAAUUAAAAAUGGAUUAGAAAUGGCAAAAAUUGAAGUAGACAAAUUGGACAAAAUUUUGUUAAUGGGUGCUGGUACACGUGUUCCUAAAAUUCAAGAAAUGCUUACAAAAUUCUUUGAUGGUAAACAACUAAGCCGUAAUUUGAAUACGGAUGAGGCUGUUGCUCUUGGAGCCAUUUAUCAAGCUGCUCUUGAUUCCAAAGUUUUUAUUAUCAAACGCCGUUUUGAUCUUUUUGACAUUCAACCAUCAAAGCCUUUGAAUAUAACUGAUGAAGCACAAAAAGAAGAAAAGAUGGAAGUUGACGAAACAAUUUUGCCAAAGCAAAUGAGUGACAAUGAAAUUGCUGAAGCGAAAAAACUUUUAACAGAAUUUGAGAAACGCGAGAAGGCUAAAGUUGAGAGAGAUGUUGCCUUAAAUUCUUUGGAGUCUACAGUUUUCGAUUAUGCUUCAAAACUUGAUGAAAAUGAAGAGGAGUUUAUUAAAUAUGGAACUGAAGAAGAACUUAAAGAUAUUGGAAAGAGAGUUGCAGAAUUACGUGAAUGGCUUGAAGAUGUUCCUUCUGAAACUGAUGCUAAACAGUUUAAAGAUCGAAAGAGAGAAUUGACUAAACCUGUCAAAAAGAUUCAGAAAAGGAAACAGCAAAAGGAGGAACGUCCUCAACAUAUGAAGACUUUAGAGGCUGCAUUGGACGAUGCAGACAAACAAUUUUUAGUUUUCCGUAAUAUGACUGAAGUUUUUAUUGGAGGAGAAUUGGAAACUUAUAGUAAACAAAUUGCUGAUCUUAGGAAUUUCUUCCAGUCUGCCAAAAAGGAAGUUGAGAAAUUGCCUGAUAAUAAAGAUGCUUCUUUCUCUACUGAUGAUUUAAAAACUAAAUCUUCUUUGUUAACUCGGGAAACCAAAUUUCUCUUCAAUAAAGUUCUCACUGCUCUUCGCGUAAAGGAAGAAGCUGAACGUGCUGCAAAGAAGGCAGCAGAAGAGGCUGAAGCUAAAUUAAAGGCGGAGGAAGAGGCAAAGGCUGUUGCUGCUGGUGAAGAUGAAGGAGAGAAGAUAGAAGCUGAAAUUAGUCCUGAAGGGGAGGAGGCAAAAAUAAAGGAGGGUGGAGAAGAAGGUGAUUUAAAGAAAGAGGACGGUAUUAAAUUAGAGGAGAAGAAGAUGGAAAAUGAUGAGGCUUCAAAGAUUAAUGGAACUGAUAUGAAAAUGGAUGUUGACGAUAAUAAAAAGGAAGGUCAGAAAGAAGUUGACACUAAAGAAGAUAAAAAGGAAGAACUUUGA